AGUGAAGUGUAAUAUAGCGUCAUGUUAGAAGAAAGAAAAAGCUAAUAACGGCAACGAAGCAAAGAUUACACUUGUACAAAUCACCCAAAUCACCUCAAUUUAUAUCCUAGGGUUUGUUUACAUUCCCCCAAUUCAUCUCAUCUCUCAAUUGACUGAAUUAGAAACCCUAAUUUCAUCUCACACCGAUGAAUUUAGCCGAAUCGGAGUCGCUCCGGCCGGUUCUCGGUCCUGCCGGAAACACCGCCAGAUCGGUCGCCGAGGCGCGCAAACCGGUCGCUAAGCAACCCACCAGAAUGGACAAGAAGUCUCCGACAUUGUCGGAGAUCAGUGAAGUUAAGGGGAAGAAGUCUCCGACAUUGUCGCCGGACUCGAAGCUGAUGCCUUCGAUUCUGAGGAAGCAGCGGGGAGGGGAUAAGGUGUUCAGGCCGAGUUUGUCGAUGAAUGCGUCGUGCUCGUCGGAUGCUUCGACUGAUUCGUGUCGGAGUCGAGCCUCGACUGGGAGGAUUGUGAGGAGGAGUGUGCCGAAUUUGAGGAGGCAGUCUGCUCCGAGGAUCGGUGGGAGUGAGGGAGGCAAUGUGGAUUCCCUCGAAGCGGUUGAGAGCUCGUUUGAUGGUUCAUUGAUGAAGAAACGGUGUGCUUGGGUCACUCCAAAUUGCGAUCCUUGUUACGCUGCUUUCCACGACGAAGAAUGGGGGGUUCCAGUUCACGAUGACAGGAAGCUUUUUGAACUGCUGAGCUUAUCAACUGCUCUGGCAGAACUUACCUGGCCUGCCAUUCUCAAUAAAAGGCAUAUGUUUAGAGACGUCUUUCGGGAUUUUGACCCUGUUGAAGUUGCUAAAUUAAAUGAGAAGAAAAUCACAGCAGCAGGAAGCUCAGCCACUUCUCUUCUCUCUGAGUUGAAGCUAAGAGUAAUUAUUGAAAAUGCACGUCAAAUGUGCAGGGUAAUUGAAGAAUUUGGAUCUUUUGAUCAAUACAUAUGGGGCUUUGUAAACCAUAAACCUACAGUUGGUCACUUCCGCUACCCCAGGCAAGUCCCCAUAAAGACAUCAAAAGCAGAUGCAAUAAGCAAGGACCUGGUGAAAAGAGGGUUUCGAGGUGUCGGUCCAACAGUGGUGUACUCAUUUAUGCAAGUGGCUGGGAUAACAAAUGACCAUCUAAUCAGUUGCUUCAGAUUCCAGGAUUGCAUUAGUGCAGAAUGUGCAAGAGAGAAGGAUGACAGUGUCAAGGAUAAAUCUGAAGGGAAACGGACAGAAGAUGAAAUGGACCUAGGUGUAGCAGCAGAUAUUAGUAGCUUGAGUUUAUCGCGGGAUUAGAUGAGCAUUUACCGAGGAAAUAUAGGUAAACCACGAAACGAUAGUAGUUACUUUGGAAAAUGUUUGUGUACAAAAGUGAUAAUGAAUUAUUUUGCUUAAUGCACUGUAGAUUCAAAAAUAGAAGUUGAAUGCCAACAUGUUGAUAUCUUAGGUGCACAAUGAAGUCAUAUAUAGUUGAUAUUUGUUUCUUUUUCGUAGCAA